GAUCUCAUUUCCACAAGCGAUAGUCACAUGACACGUUUUCUCUCAAGAUGGCGGAUAAUCUCCCUUCGGAGUUUGACGUGAUCGUAAUAGGGACGGGUUUGCCUGAAUCCAUCACUGCAGCUGCAUGUUCAAGAAGUGGCCAGAGGGUUCUGCAUGUUGAUUCAAGAAGCUACUAUGGAGGAAACUGGGCCAGUUUUAGCUUUUCAGGACUAUUGUCCUGGCUAAAGGAAUACCAGGAAAACAGUGACAUUGUGAAUGAAAAUCCAGCAUGGCAAGAGCACAUUCUUGAAAAUGAAGAAGCUAUUGCUCUUAGCAGGAAGGACAAAACCAUUCAACAUGUGGAAGUAUUUUGUUAUGCCAGUCAGGAUUUGCAUGAAGAUGUUGAAGAAACUGGUGCACUGCAGAAAAAUCAUGCUUCUGUGACAUCUGUGAACCCCACAGAAGGGGAACAUUCUGCCUAUCUGCCUUCGGAAGAUGAGUCGUCCAGCACUGUGAGUUGUCAAAUGCCCACAGAACAAACUCCAAACAGUGAUCUAGAGAGUUCCCUAGAAAUAAAUGAUGUUGAAGCAACAGGGGAAGAAGAAAAGCGUUGUGAUGAUAAAACUUGUGUGAAGUCAGCUUCAGAAGAAGAAACAAGUGAAAAUGUGCUUACAACAGAAGACACCACACUGCAACCAAGGAAAAAUAGGAUUACUUACUCACAAAUUAUUAAAGAAGGCAGGAGAUUUAAUAUCGAUUUAGUAUCAAAGCUGCUGUAUUCUCGAGGAUUACUAAUUGAUCUUUUAAUCAAAUCUAAUGUAAGUCGAUAUGCAGAGUUCAAAAAUAUUACCAGGAUUCUUGCAUUUCGAGAAGGAAGAGUGGAACAGGUUCCUUGUUCUAGAGCAGAUGUCUUUAAUAGCAAACAACUUACUAUGGUAGAAAAGCGAAUGCUAAUGAAGUUUCUUACAUUUUGUAUGGAGUAUGAAAAACAUCCUGAUGAAUAUAAAGCCUAUGAGGAGAUUACAUUUUCUGAGUAUUUAAAAACUCAAAAAUUAACCCCCAACCUCCAGUACUUUCUCCUGCAUUCAAUUGCAAUGACAUCAGAGACAGCCAGCAAUACCAUAGAUGGUCUCAAAGCUGCCAAAAACUUUCUUCACUGUCUUGGGCGGUAUGGCAACACUCCAUUUUUAUUUCCUUUAUAUGGUCAAGGAGAACUUCCUCAGUGUUUCUGCAGAUCACUUAAUGAGGUGGAACGUCUCCUCAUAAGGAUGUGUGCUGUGUUUGGUGGAAUCUAUUGUCUUCGCCAUUCAGUCCAGUGCCUUGUUGUGGACAAAGAAUCCAGAAAAUGUAAAGCAGUCAUAGAUCAGUUUGGUCAGAGAAUAAUUUCUAAGCAUUUCCUUGUGGAGGACAGUUACUUUUCUGAGAACACAUGCUCACAUGUACAAUACCGGCAAAUCUCCAGGUCAGUCCUGAUUACAGAUAGAUCUGUACUAAAAGCGGAUUCAGAUCAACAGAUUUCCAUUUUGACAGUGCCAGCAGUGGAGACAGGAACUUUUGCUGUUCGGGUCAUUGAAUUAUGUUCCUCAACAAUGACAUGCAUGAAAGGCACAUAUUUGGUUCAUUUGACUUGUACAUCUUCUAAAACAGCAAGAGAAGAUUUAGAACCAGUUGUGCAGAAAUUGUUUACUCCAUAUACCGAAACGGAGAUAGAAAAUGAAGAAGAUGAGAAACCAAGACUUUUGUGGGCUCUUUACUUCAAUAUGAGAGAUUCUUCAGAUGUCAGCAGGAACUCUUAUAAUGAUUUACCAUCCAACAUUUAUGUCUGCUCUGGCCCAGACUGUGGUUUAGGAAAUGAUAAUGCGGUCAAACAGGCUGAAACACUUUUCCAGCAAAUCUGCCCCAACGAAGACUUCUGUCCACCCCCACCAAAUCCUGAAGACAUUGUCAUUGAUGGGGACAGUUUACAAUCAGAGGCUUCGGAAUCUAGUUUCAUACCAGAAGCGAACUCAGAGACUCCCAAGGAAAGCAGAAGUCUGGGAAACCCAGAGCUGUCCUCUCAAUAAUGGGUAUACACCAAACUAUACACGCACUUUGAAAAUUCCUCCUGGCCUCAGAGUCUUCUUCAUGGAAGAAAUGUUUGAAAAAUGUUAGAAAACAGCAGCCAGUUGACAUACAUUAUUACCAAGAGAACAGGGCAUAGAAAUCCAAAAGGGGAUUUUCCUGAAAGAGGACAUUGCAAGAGCACAAAAUACUUGUAAACCACAUUGGCUUGCCUACUUAAAGAUAAUACACCUGUGGAAUUAGCAGAUGAAUAUAAAUGGAUUGAUUCCCAGGAAUAUAGCUGUGGAUAUGAAAGUGAUCCUAUGCAUUGUUAGUAAUUCUGUGGUAUUAGGAAAGCUUUUGCUUAUCACUUUGGGUCUUUGAUUGAAAUCCACAUCUUCAGAAUCCAGUCAUGUAUUUCCUGUGAUUAUUUUAAUUCUAUUUUCUUUAUGGAUAUAAGCAUGAUGGCACCAAUGAUAAAAGCACAUGUAAAUGUAAUUGAGGAGAGCUAAAAUAUCCUGAUCUAGGCAGGAGCCUAUGUUCGGAAUAGAGGUUUGGCUUGUUUUCUAUCUUGAGAAUUACUGAAAACGCCAAUAUUAAGGUAUACAUUUUUACAAACAAAUCAUGAGUCCAUGUACUCAACAUUUUUUAAUGUUAGUAGUGCUAUUUGUAUGUGAAUCAUUUGCAUACUAGGAAAGCUUAUAGGACUGAAGGAAUGGAAGGAAAGAUUUGGAUAUGCUCAUCAGUAUGUGGAAAUUCUGUCUAGUCAAGUAAUUAGAACCUAAUUGUAUAUGGACCCAGUUUAGUCCUAGCUGUACUACUGAUGAGAUUAGACAAAUUGUUUAUUUUGUCUAAAAAUAGGGCUCACUUUCUCCAUAUGUAAGAUAGAAAUAGUAACACUCUCCCUACCUUAGGAGGAUGAUUUUGAAGAUAAAUGCAGUGCAAACCUUAAAAUGAUUUUUGGGGGGUUGGGGGGAAUGUUGUUUUCCCCUUGACUUGAAGGUGAAUAUCAAAAAUCUCAUGCAGCAAAUUGUUUGCUGUCAACUCCCCCAACACAGUAGUUCACAGUGUUUUUAUUGCAUUAAGCUUUUAAAAUAAAACUAUUUCCUAAAUUAGUAUUUUAUAGUCUAUAGGCCAUAAAACAUAGUAACAUGGAAUUUUGGUUUUGAAUCUUAAUAAGGAAAGCACUGUAUAAAUUAUUCAUAUUCCUUUUCUGGUAGGUAAACCUAAAACCACUAAAGACUCUCAAUACAAUAUGACAAUUGGUAAACCCUAAUAUACACUUAACAUAAAAAUGUUAGGGUUGUACAUAGCCAGCAAACCUAGUUACAGUGACCAUGACAAUUUAAAAUUUUUCCAGGUGCCAAGCUCUGAUGAUUUGCUUUAUUUGAGCAAUAGUUUAGACUUAAUUUGUUUCAAUAAUUAAAUACAUAAAAUGUUUAUUGUGCAUUCUGGCCUAUAUUGCCAAUCAGAGAGCCAAAGCUAUAGUAGAAAUCAUGUAGUUCUUACUUCAGUUGCAGUGGGGCUAUGAGCUCUUCAGGUCACAGACUCCUAAGAAAUGGAAAGAACCAAGGAAUGUAGCCCUUGCCUCACCUUUCCAAUCCCCUAUAGAUACAAUGGAAUCCAGGUGAAAGGAAAACCUUCCCAGCCUUUCAGGCUGCUCUUAACUGCUCUGCCCAUUGUACAGCCCAUCUCCUCUCUCUUUGGACCCUUCUGUGUCUCUCUUCCCCUUUUAUAUUAUCAUACAAAUCAGGGAUAGUGGAAUCACAUUAUAAUAUAUUCUGUUAAUAGAUUCAGAUCUUAAAUCAUGUUUCCCAAAACCCAACUUAUGCCAUGGUCUAAAUGCACAAUACAUACCUAGAAGCACCAGGUAUUGGCCCUGCCCCUCAAUACCAGCAAUAUGAAAGGUCCCACUGUAUAAAAGUAUUGAGUCUAAAUACAAUGGCACCAAUUAAAAUACUGUACUUUGUUACAGUCUAAGAGUUAAGGCCUCUUGAAUACAGCAUACAUAUUUAUGUAAACAAUCAGAGUAGGCUCAGAAUAAUAACUAGAAAAUUACAAUAGCUUUACUGCAGCUAUCUAUAUGUAGACAAGGAGAUAUUUUGUGGUCUCAUGGCCCAACCCGUAUUGUACCCUAUUUUAUCCAUUAGCCAUCCGCAUAAUCUCUUCCAGGUUAUUUAUUAAAUACUAUUGAAAUAUUUAAAAGUUCCUAAAUAUGAUUAGUGGUGACUAAAAUAUUACACAACCGUUUAAAACAUUUUGAUAGAGAAUCUUAAAUAUUUCCUGUUGCCUCAGAAUGUAAUAGAAAUUAUUCUAAGAGCUUUCUUUUCAGCUGUCUUAAGUACUGCAAAUAAAUUUUUUUAUAGUUUUAAAACAAAAAACUUUUUGGUUUUGUUGUAAAAUCAUAAGCCUGAAGUUAUAUAAAUAAAGUUAACAUGUUAUAUGCAAUACAGAAGUUUCAGUAGCUAAUUUAAAAUGUUGAACAUUAUUGUCAAAGAAUUUUGAUUCAUAUGUUUAAAAUGUUUAGUUAUGCAUGCUUUUUUAACCAAACAUGAUAAUACCACUCAGUUUAGUGUUCUAUAUGAAAGCCAAUUACCCUGUGUUGCUACUGUGUCUUUGUCUAGUUGGUAUGCCUAUCCAGAAAAGCAGAUAGGUAGGUAGGUAGGUAGAUAGGUAGAUAGAUACUAUAAAUUUAGGUAUUUUCUAUAGGAAAACUGAAUUACAAUUUUUCCCAUCUCCAGUGAUACUUAAGGUGCCUGUAGUAAAAUGGCCACGUUAAUAGUUAACUUCUAGAAUGGUAGUUUCUGAGAUUGGCAGCCUUUUAUCUAAAAUAAUGACCAUGCUAAUGAUUAACUUCUGUCACAGCUGUACUUCCCAAGAAGGCAGCCCUUUGUCUAAAGUCCUAAAGAUCUCAAAAAAUUUUGUUGAAAUUUGAUUGCUAAGUAGUAUUGAUCCUUCAAAGCAAUAAUUAAUUUUCUUACAAGUAAGUUAUUUACUGCUAUUGGUAUUGAGUGAUCUAUCUCUACUCCUGGGUAAUUUUCUUAUAUGCACUUCAAAAGCAUAAAUAUGAUUAUUCAUAAUUUUCACACAGUAACAGUAAGUUUUCAGAGGAAGUAAAAUCUGUUUUGAUGCCUUUCAGGCAUGGUUUCCUAGUUUUGAACAUUAAAAUUUUGCAUGUAUGCCAAGAAAUUAAAGAUUGUCUUGGAACUGAUUUCUUGGUAUCAGUCUACUAUUUAAGCAAUUAAUUAUCCAGCUGUAUACUUGGUUUUGUUUCUAAGCACUUGAGAAAGGCAAUCAAAUGAUACAUGGGUUGAUUUACUUAGCAAAUUGUUCUAGAUGCCAGCAUCAGACCUCAUUCUGUUUGAAAUCAGUGCUGUGAGGCAUGAACUAAGGUUUUAUAGUACAUUGAUUGCCUACAAACUGUUUUCACAUCUCACUUAGUAUGUAAUAAUAUGAAUUGUUUUUUAUAUUUACUUGGUGAAUGAGAACAUGAAAUGUUUUUCUCUGUGGUGGCUGAAUCCCUAACAACUUACUUGAAAUAGAUAAGAGACUGCUGAUGAUGUUCUUACAGAAAUCAUUCAGUGAACUAUGAUUUGCUCUUGAAUCAAAUAAUUAAAGCAAAGUGACAUUUUCUGUCAACUCCAGGUAUUUUCCUAAAGCGUGUUAGAUAGAAUGCAUUCAAAAGAUAACAGGAGUCUUUCAAAGCUGACAAUUUAUCUGUGAGAUGAUUCAUAAAUUUAAGAAAAAUAAGGUUAAUUUAAUUUUUAAACAAGUAGCCAUAUUAUCCUUCAAGCAUCUUGGAGCUCAUACAAUAUUCACACUUUUUUUUUAAACAAGUGAUUUGAUGUUUGAAUUCACCUCUUUAAUGGUGGAAUUUUUAAAACAUUCGUUAAGUGGUUUAACACUUAGCAUCCCACAUCACAUUUUGAAGACAAGUUUUCUUUCCAUUAAUAUAGUUUAGCUGUGGAGCUGCAAUGACAUGCCCUUCCCAUACAAGUUGCCAUGUCCGCUCUUCCUGGCUAUGAUGACUUUUAGGGGCAUUUGACAGAUAAUCAUUAGAACUGGAAUUCUAGUAGGCUGGAGAGUCUUUUCACCUAUCACUGCAAUGUGAUUUAUGCUGGUAACUCCUAUUAAUAUUAAUGGGACUUGCAUGUGUAAAUCCUUUUCCUCUCAAUGAUACAGCUGACCCCUAAAAGAAAUAUUCUUUAGACAUGGAUACUUGCUGAUCUAGAAGCAUUAGUGAGUUGUUUUAUUCAGGAUUUUCAUGUGGGGUAAAAAAAAAAUAGACUAUCAAUUUAGCAGAGGAUUUGUUUGUAGAGAUUAAAAAGAUAAAAUACUAGCUCUUAAUUCUCUAUUCCCAUUUCUAAUAGUAUCUAAUAUAUUAGCAUCUAUUAUAUACUAUUCUUUUUCAUCUAUCGUUGCUUUCAUUGCUAUGUCACCAACCUUUUUAUUCUAGAAACUAAUAAAAAGAAAGAAGCAAUUAUUAUGUCUUUCCUGUAAAAACUGUAUUUUCAGGGUAUUCAAAUAGUUGUUGAAGGAAAAUUGUUAUAGAAGAAUCACCAUUUGUAAUUACAUGAGGAAUGAUAGAAUUAGGGAAAAAAAUCACCAUUUUGUAAACUCAAUGUAGUAAUGGACCUAGGUAAUGGUUAUUAUUAUUAAAACCUUUAGUGAUAAUAGUUUGAUGCAGACAUCACCUGAACCUAGUGAUCAAUCUUAAAAACAGUACAAGUAGAAAAUAAGAUGUUUAAGUACCCAGCACUAACUGGGAAGCAUUCCACUACCAAUUUAUAGACAUUAGGGGGAUAGAAGCAUAUUUAAUGACAUCAUGGAGAUGCAAUGUAUAAAAUUCUACAGGACAGAUAACCUGAUUCUAUCAACAAUUAACUGACACAAAUAAAAUGAAGGGAGCACCACUACAGAAUAAAGGAGACUUUAGAGAUGUAUCAACCAAGUGCAACAUGCUAACCUUGUUUGGACCUUGCUUUGAAUAAAUAAAACCUUUGUUUUAAAAAAACAAAAAAUCCAUUUUGAGACAAUCAUAGGGAUGAACAUUGCCUGGGUGUUAGUUGAUAUCAAGGAUAAUUUUAACUACUGGGUGUCGUAAUGGUAAUUUUUUUAAAAACCAUUAUCUGUUAGAGAUUUUUUAAAGGCAGGUGAAGCAAAUACAUAUAAUAAAAUGUUAACAAUGGUUAAAUCUAGGUUAUGCUAUAUGAGUGUUUCUAUUUUGUAUUUUUGUGUUUAAAACUUUUCAUAGCAAAUUUUUUAAACGACAGAUAAAAGUCCAUUGAUUAAUAGUAAUAAUAAUAACCUAUAGAUAGUAUGUUACUUUACAAGAUGACUAUUGUGUUUCUGAAAAUGAGGCCUUAAUAUGUUCAGUCCUAUCCUAUAUAUUUUGUUUUAUAAUGUUUUGAAACCAUGGGCUACAAAAAUCACAUAUUUGAAUUUAUUACCUUAGGUCAGUGGCUUCUAGGGUCAGAGAGAAAGAAUCUUGCUGAGCAACCUCUUUGGCACAAGGGCAAGUUUGGAAAAAAUAAACAUGUUUACAGCCUCUGUCUCUCAAAUUGAAAAUGAAAAUAGCAUUAUUGAGUCAGAUGGAGUGGGGAAAUUGAUAUUCAUGCAACUCUGAAAACCUUUAUUUUGUACUUUGUUGAUAAAUAUCAAUGAUAAAAUUUUAAUGCUUUUUAACCUCUAAAA